AUUGGCCGAAACGAGCUCUGACGACAUAUAUUAACCCAAGCUUCCCAAAUGAUGUAGCUGUACAUGGAGAUCCUACAUGGAUAUAGUGCCAGUGCUGAGUAUUCACUGAAGGUCUAUGGGGUGCAGAGAAGACACUGGGAGUUAUUGUUAAUCUACAUGCCCACAUACAGGGCAAAAGGGGAUAUAUGCUGACAUCCCAAGAUCUUACACGUUGUCUGGUGUCCGGAUUGAUAGUAUGCUUGGUGCUCAGAUCAUUUGAGGCGUAGGAAAUGGAUGCCAGCUCACAGUGAAACCCGAUCAGAAACUGUAUGCUCCCAUUGGGAACUAUGUGCAAGACCUGCUGUAAGUAACAGAUCGCUGGUUAGCAAGUUCGUUUUACGUCACCCAGAUUUUUGAUUUAAUGGAAAGGAUUUCACUGGACCCUAGCAGCACCCAUGCAAGCUCUGGUGCCUCGUAAUACUUGAAUUUACAGCGUUUGGGACAUCUGAUCUAUUGCAGAUCUGUACUAACGUUCCAUUGCUUGCUUUUAAUCUGCUGUAAAGGAGAGACAAGAUCUAUGGAGGGCUGGAUAUAAGAUCAUAUUUAUACUUGAUAUAUAUAGAUAUUUAUACAUAGACAUUCACCUGGUGGUGGGAGGCAUAACAUCCCAAAGGAAAAGGACUAGGCAGAAGGUGAAGCUGCAAUGAGUUUAGUUGGAGGCUUCCCCCACCACCCUGUGGUUCACCAUGAUGGGUACCCGUUUGCAGCCGCUGCAGCUGCCGCCGCAAGCCGCUGCCACGAAGAAAACCCUUAUUUCCACGGCUGGCUUAUCAGUCACCCUGAGAUGUCUCCCCCCGAUUACAGCAUGGCACCGUCCUACAGUCCGGAGUACGCUAAUGGUGCGGCCGGGUUGGACCACUCCCAUUACGGGGGUGUCUCGGGAAGCGGGGCCGGUGCUUUAAUGCAACGGCCUGUAAAGCGGAGGGGGACUGCAAACCGUAAGGAAAGGCGCAGGACUCAGAGUAUUAAUAGCGCCUUCGCAGAGCUGCGGGAGUGCAUUCCCAACGUCCCCGCUGAUACCAAGCUCUCCAAAAUUAAAACCCUGCGCCUGGCUACUAGCUACAUUGCCUACCUCAUGGACCUGCUAGCCAAAGAUGACCAAAACGGGGAGACAGAGGCCUUCAAGGCAGAGAUCAAGAAGACAGACGUGAAAGAGGAAAAGAGGAAGAAAGAACUGAAUGAACUCUUGAAAAGCACAGUUACCGGCAACGAUAAGAAAUCGAAAGGGAGGACUGGCUGGCCACAGCAUGUCUGGGCUCUGGAGCUUAAACAGUGACCUUAUGGACUGCAUCAAUGAAGACUUCAUAUACAUACAUAUAUAUGUAUGUGUCUGUAUAUAUAUGUGUAUAUAUGUGCCCUGAAAAAAACUAUGUAUUUGGAAUCGUCCAGUUUAUUUAUGUGCAAUUUCACCCCCAACCACCCCUUUACAUGUGGAUACCUGAAGAAAAGCAUUCCAUUUAAUGAAGAGGAGUCUGAAGGUUGGUUUAAAGGGGUUUGUGAGUUACAGUAUUUUCUCUGUUUGUGCUGAAAACACAAUGACAAAAAAGACUCAUUGGCAUUAGUGUGUAUGUGAAAUGUAUGUCUACAAAACCUGGCCUCAUAGGUAGAAAUAUUGAUGGUAUUAUAAAUGUAUAGGGAGGCUGAAACAAUUGCACCAAUGGUGGUAGAUGAAGCAUUUCCUGGUGUGAGAGGCCUAGGGGAUACUACAGUCUGAUCAGUAUUAUCUGCUGGCCACUUUCUCACACACUGAAAGCAGAUUAAUGGACAAAAGGAAUUUUCCCUUUUUUGUACAGGUCCAACAAUUGAAGUUUUUUUUUUUUAAUCAGUUUUUGUGCACUUCUGUCAAGAAAUGUGGAGUUUAAUUAAUAUUUGAAGGUGUAAAACUUUAUAUGUGAUCAAUAAACCACUGAGUGUUUUUUGUA